UUUAAAUUUGUGUUAUAAUUAAAAACCAUCGCCAUAUAUAACACGUUACUUUCUAAAUUAAGGCAUUGAAUAAAGGUGUAAGUUCACCGGAGAUAUUAAAACAUGGCGAUGCAAACAGGCGUCGCGACUUCCAAAGUACUCAUACUCGUCGGCGCAGGUUUGACUGGGUCAGUAAUAUUGAAGAGUGGACGAUUAUCCGAUCUAAUCUCACAGCUUCAGGAGGUGAUAAAUGGCGUGAAUGCAGCUGAAACAUCACCUGGUAAAUAUGACACUGCUCUUCUAGCAGCUCAGAUUCGACAAUUAGCACAAGAGAUUCGGGAGAUGAGCAUAUCAAAUCCAAUUACUAUUUUCAAUAAGGAUUCUUCCUCCAGUGGGAGCUAUGCUUCUUACAUUCUUCCAGCUGCCGCAGUUGGGGCGGCGGGAUAUUGUUACAUGAAGUGGAAGGGUUGGUCAUUUUCUGAUGUAAUGUAUGUAACAAAGCAUAAUAUGGCGAACGCUGUUGCAUCCGUGUCUAAGCAGUUGGAAAACGUAUCUGACGCAUUGGCUUCUACAAGAAGACAUUUGACGAAGAAGCUGGAAAACUUGGACUGGAAGCUAGAUGAGCAAAUUGAGACAUCAAAACUUAUUACUUAUGAUGUGAGAGACGUUAAGGCUAAUCUGAAUCAAAUUGGUUUUGAUAUAAACUCAAUCUAUGAGAUGGUGUCUGGAUUGGAAGGGAAGAUUGAGCUUCUUGAGAGUAACCAGGAUGUGACAAAUUCUGGUUUGUGGUACUUGUGCCAAGUUGCCGGGGGCAUUAAGGAUGGUGAAAGUACUAGAGUUAUUCAGGGCGUCGAGGCUAAGCUGAUAGAGCAUUCAAAGUUGACUCCCAAGGAAAAUUCCGUGAAGGGGCUUGAGUUCAUUGCUGAAUCUAACGAAUCAAGUGUGCCACCGAAAUUGGUUACUGAUACUGAAGGAAAAGAUCUUAGUGGCUAUCCUGCCAAAGGUCCAGUUGUUAGCAAAAUGAGGAUUCACAGAUCUUAUCCAGUUGGGUUGUCUUUAACAAGGAGCGUGUUGGGUCCAGGAUUCUGACCUCUAACUUAUCCUCUAUUCAAAGUUGGAUCACUUGGAUGUGAUUACCCGAUUCAUUUUGUUUAUAUAUUGAUCGACGGCUGGUUGAUUCGUGGCCUCUGUGGUUGCCCACAACAUUAUACACAUACAAGGUUGUUUGUUCUUUUCUUCUUUUGUUUUCCCCUUUUACAUGUCAUAUAAAGCUGUAUUUGUAACAAUAUAAUAAAUGCGUUUCAUUUUGGUCA